AUGAGGCGACAUUUCUCCAUCGAGUGGCUUGCCCAGAGUAGCCAGGCGUUGGGAAGCACGAGACCCUCGCCUCUCUCCUCUUCCUGGACCUCUGUUGGACCGAACAGCACCUCUGGGACCCAACCUGAGAGCCUACCUGGGUUCUACUGCCGACUGAGACCCGAGAAUCAGGCGAACCAGGCAAGGAGAGGACAGGGGCUCAACCCAUGCAGCCAUCCCUGCCUGGCAGGCCCUGAGACAGGUACACAUACCAAGAGGAGUAGCCCCCUCCACCACAACCACCAAGGUAGGUUCACUCUCCCUCAAAUGAACUCAUCUCAGGAUCUGAGCUUAGAUGGGGGACAUAAAUUCAUUUAAAUAUUGUCUUGUUGUUUUUGGGUGUUUUUUGAGCUAGGUAUUGGUGGAAUUAAUUGCAAUAAUAAUAAUAAUAAAUAAUAAUUGUCUCAGAGAUACAGAAUUCAUAAGGAAUAGCUACAUCUAAUUUGGCUCUUAUAGUGCUGAAAGCUCCAUAGUUAGGACGCACCUCAGAAUGAGUUGUUGUCUGGAGAAUUUGUUUGUAUGGUUCAGAGCACACAAACAUUUUGGGAACCACUAUGAUGUGACAUAUGGAUGGAUUUGAAAUCCAACCUCUCUCCAUUUCUUCCCCCUCUCUCCUCAGAAGUGGCUGAGACUGGCCUCCUCAGUGGAACAGAGGAGGAAACGUCAGGGUACGAGAGCGAAGGCGGGCAAUCCCUCUCCCCCCACGGACGGCACCUUCACCUCUCCCUCCUUGUCUCCCAUCUCUCUCUCUCUCCCUACGGGGAGGCGGCCACGUACAGCCUACAAAGCGGAGCAGAUCAACAGUCUAGAGAUGGCCUUCAAGGGGAACGCCUACCUGGGCACUCAGGACAAGGCCAAGCUCUGCAAGAGACUCAACCUUACAGACAAACAGGUAGGCACCACACACACACAGACGCACAUACACAGGUUAGCAGCAGUUUGUGUGAUCGUUCAUGCCUCUAACUCAGGGAUGGUCAACUGGCGUUCCUUUUGUGUAGGCCAGCGGAUCAAUUUCCCCCCAAAAAUACAUUUACUUUACUUGGCUCUUAGCGCUCUAGCGACUCCUUGUGGCGAGCCGUGCACCUGCGGGCUGACGUCGGUCGUCAGAUGAACAGUGUUUCCUCCGACACAUUGGUGCGGCUGGCUUCUGGGUUAAGCCGGCGGGUGUUAAGAAGCGCGGUUUGGCGGGUCAUGUUUUGAAGGACGCAUGGCCUCCUGAGCCUGUUGUAGUUGCAGCGAUGAGACAAGAUCAAAAUUCGGGAGAAAAAGGGGUUGCCCCUCCCUGCUCUAACUCCUGUUUCUCCUCAGAUCCGUAACUGGUUCCAGAACAGGCGUAUGAGGAUGAAGAGGAUGGUCCAGGACGCUCUCUGCCAAGCUAAAGUAACCUCUCACCUGCUGCACUACACCGAGCUACAGGCCUACCGCCCUGGCCCCAACCCCACCUACCACCCCCAUCACGCAGGAGCCGAGGGGGGCGCCUCCACCCCAUACCUCCACCCCCACUACAGCUCCUCCACGGCCGGUCCAGCCCUGCCCAACCUCCCUGCCACCCCCCUGGACUCUUUCUACCAAUAUGCAAGCCUCCCCAGCCUUGUGAUGCCCACUACCGGGUCUAACCCACUGAUGGGGGCCUACCAGCCUCACGCUCACCUGUAUUAG